AUGGCAACUAGCGAACCGCGCGAAACCGACGAGGUCGAGCACGAAGCUGAGGUGGUGGGGGCAGCCAGGGUGACAGAUAAGGGAGUCAGAGUGGUUCGUGGGGGGUCAGGAGGUGCGGACGCCCUGGCGACCGCCGGGGUGGUGUAUCCGCCCGCGACGGCGAGUUUGUUCCCUGGUCGUAUACCAGCGGGACAUCAUCACCCGGAGCUCACCGGCACGUUGGAGCUGGGGUUCCCACCCCGUGGCACCACCGCCUCGAUGGCGUUGGUAGCCCCGCCACCCUCGUGGACACCGCGGGAUCCUGGAUCCACGAGUCUAGUCGGUGGUGGUGGUAAUCAAAACAGUAAUCAAGGUGGUCCCGGUAGUAACAAUCCUGGCGGCCCAUUGCAAGUAUGUCCGCCACCCAUGCCCCCAACUCAUCUUACACCAUCAGCAACGCCUGAGGACAUAACUUGUCUCGUGCCCGUGGGGGGUGUAUUGACACCACGGGACCCACUACCACCCAGUACGACACCCGGCAGUCAAGCUAAUAGCUCACAAUCAGGCAGUUCACAGACGGACAAAUCACCGAAUAUCGAGUGUGUCGUUUGUGGUGACAAGAGUAGCGGUAAACAUUAUGGACAAUUUACCUGCGAAGGAUGCAAGAGUUUCUUUAAAAGAAGUGUUAGGCGGAACCUGACGUACUCAUGUCGAGGGAAUCGAAACUGCCCAAUUGAUCAGCACCACCGAAACCAGUGCCAAUUCUGCAGGCUCAAGAAGUGCUUGAAGAUGGGCAUGCGCCGGGAAGGUAUGCAUUGUAAUGAACCCUUUUUAUUAUAUUCGUAG